GACAGUUUCACCGAGCAGAAGCCACACAACACCGGUUGUUUAUCAGUCACGAUGAACGGUCUUGUCUUCGUUUGUUUCUUGCUUGUAGCCGAAUCCUGGGCGAAGGUAGCACCAGUGCCACGCCAUCCUUCGGAAGACCUCAUCAGGAAGGCUGAAGAGGCCGGAUCCUUGCCGCCAGUGCCACGACACCUUUCGGAGGAUCUCAUCAAUGAGGCUGAACAGCUGUCUAACAGUAGAAUUAUCGGAGGGAGUGACGCCCAAAUCAGUAACAACCCCUGGCAAGUAUCACUCCGGCGAUUCAGCAGCCAUAUUUGUGGAGGGGUCAUCCUCAAUUCUACUGCUGUUCUGACCGCUGCUCACUGUGUAACUGGAAACUCCUACACAGUGCGGUAUGGAUCCGGCAGUUCCAACGGUGGUGGAAGCAUCGCGUCAGUCACGGCUAUCAAGUCGCAUGGAAAUUAUGGGUCGGGUUCAGGCGCUUUUCCGAACGAUAUUGCAGUACUGACAGUUCAAGAAAUGAAUUUAGGCAGUAACGCCCAAGCCAUCAGUCUGACUUCUCGUACUAAUAGCGAUUUAACUUCAGCAUCAUGUAGGAUCACUGGAUGGGGACUCACUGAAGCCGGUGGCAGCGUUUCGACACUCCUCCAAGGCGCUGAUAUGAAUGUUAUAACGGACAGCACGUGCAAGAACACCUGGGGAACUAACAUCUGUAAUAGUUGCCACAUCUGUAUCACCGGGGUUGAAGCGAGCAGUGCAUGCAACGGAGACAGCGGUGGACCUUUGGUGUGCGCAAAUGGAAAUGAUAUGGAACUUGUCGGAGUGACGUCAUGGGGAGCGACGAACUGUCCAACGAAUUAUCCGUCAGUGUAUACCGAGGUUAGAUCCUACACGAAUUUUGUGUUAUAUUCAAAUGCGAUUUAGUCAAAAUAGCCAUGUCGAUCAGCUAUCUUCAAUAUCUUAUUUGAUUUAGAGCCAAUAAAAUGCAUUCAAUCUCAUUAAAA